AUGGCUUCUGAAGCGCGAGUGGAAGAGCAAGAUGCAGAGAAGGAUGUUUUCAGGAAGUAUCACUCAGAGUUCCCGUGGUUAAAGUUGAUUGAGCAUGAGGGCAGGCAUGCUUUGGGCUGUCGACUCUGCAUGUCUUUGACGCCGGCCAGAUCUGCCAAGGACAAGUUCAUACAUGGCACUUAUGUUUUGGGCAAGUACUUUUACCGCCGAACGCUUCAAAACCAUGAAAACUGCGCAGCGCAUCAGAAGGCCAAGAACAGCCAGCCGACAGAGACCACGACUGUUGGCAAGGAUGCAAUGGUCAGUACACCUGAUAGAGCAGUACGAAGGUCUGGGAGCAGCCUUGGCAGCACUCCUAUUACCCCAAGCAGCAGCAGCAAGCAAGGGUCUCCGCAGCCUCAAUCUCGGAAGGCCUACUUGCUGAAUCAGGCUUUGACAGUGUACACAGCUUUGUGGCAUUUUUGGAGCAUGUCCACUUGGCAGGUGGCCGUUCACAUGGCACGGCAAGUGGGGGGCGUGUUGCUGGAGAGCCAUGACAGUGAGACGACAUUCUGUAGGAUGCGGGAUGGAGCCUUCGCUGACAUGAAGCGUCGCCUCGGCAAGGAACUCCGUUCAUGUCGGGCGUUCUCUCUUUGCAUGGAUGAGAAAGACAUCUUCCUGGUGGUGGCAGUCAAAAUCAUUACAGAGGAGUGGGAUGUCAUUACGCGGCUUCUGUCGUACAGAGAACUCAGUGGAUUCACUGCGCCAGAGAUUUUUGGAUGUCUUCAACAGAUGUUGACGGAGCUUGACAUUGAGGACCCCUGCGAUGCGACCCUGGGAGACCGAACCCCAACGGAUCUGCUGCGCAAAUGCCCUGGCUUUACCUCAGACGGAGCAUCCGUCAUGGGGUCGCGGCGGGCGUUCGGUUUUUACCUUGUUUCGCUGGAAAAGAUUUGCCACAAGCUCUUCAGAUUCUUGCGAAACCACCCUCACAGCCACGUGGACUUGGUGUUUUGGGCGUCACUGGUGGAAGACGAGGACUUUCUCAGCCACUUGGGCACAGCGAAAGCUCGCUGGUUAUCGUUGCUUCAACCCUUAGCCCAGAUUGAGAAGUCUUAUCACACCAUCUUGUGCCACCUGCAUUUUGCGCACACAGAGGAGAAAGGCCGGGAGAAGCGUAAGAUGCAGGAGACACUUCAGGCGCGAGACAGGCUUUGUGCAGAGUUGGACGGCUUUUGCCGCAAAAACAGUGCAGCAGCGGAUGCUUUUGUGAGGUGUGGCCAGCCAGAAACCUAUGUGCUGCAGUAUGUCAGUGAGCAGAAGGGCCGACAGGAGUAUCAAAUCAAGCUGAAGCCUCUGGUCGAUGAUAGCCAGAGCGCUGCAGAGAAGAGAGCUGCCAUCAAGGUCGCCAAGGGUCAAGUUUCCGAUCCAACGGCUCUGUGGCAGGCCGUUCUCAAGCAGACAGCAGAUGAAGAUCUGGGGGACAGUCGGCGACCAGUGCUUGCCUGGCUGCUGUUCCAAAGCGAGUCCGCUGAGAGACUUUUCGCUUUGGCACAGACACUGAGGGACAAAAUUGGCAGUGGGCAUUCUAGCUUGAUGUACGAGCCAUACCUGAUGGUUCGUGUGAAUGGCUCGCAACCAGACCGUGCAGAUGAGGUAGUCGAAGAGCUUGCCACGAAGGUGCUCGCGGAUACUGACUUGCGCUUUGCAGUGGCUGGCAGUGGCUGGUACAAAAAGAACGGCCGGCUGAUUCAGCGCAAGCGAGCGCAGCGAAGUGAUUUCGGCAGCAAGAGGACGAAGUACCAAUCCAAGAAGCGCACAAAGAGGCUUGCGAGCCAGCCUGUGCUCAGAGGGCUCCGUGUGGAGGGUUCAUCGCACGUCCUUGCUCCGUCCAGUGAGGCACCGAUCCCAGACAUCAUGCAGGAACAUAGCCCGCCCAAGAAACGGGCGGCAGCUACUACCGAGUAA